AUGUCUCAAGAAGCUAAGUCCGUACAAAGUGUUCAGACCUUUGGUAAGAAGAAGUCCGCUACUGCCGUUGCCCACGUUAAACAGGGUUCCGGUCUUAUCAAGGUUAACGGUUCACCUAUCACUCUGGUGCAACCUGAGAUCUUGAGACACAAAGUUUACGAGCCACUAUUAUUAGUUGGUUUGGACAAAUUUGCCAACAUUGACAUCAGAAUUAAGGUUACCGGUGGUGGUCACGUUUCCCAAGUUUACGCCAUCAGACAAGCUCUUGCUAAGGGCUUGAUCGCUUACACUCAAAAGUUCGUUGACGAGUCUACCAAGAACGAGUUGAAGAAGAUUUUCCAGUCAUACGACAGAACCCUGUUGAUUGCUGAUUCCAGAAGAAAGGAGCCAAAGAAGUUCGGUGGUCGUGGUGCCCGUGCCAGAUUCCAGAAAUCUUACCGUUAA